UAAGUGUGUACGUGAGAGAAGGAGAUAUUUCUAACGUCAUUAGGAAAAAAAAGGAAAGAGGCGAGAAAGGAAAGGAGAGGGGGUGAAAACUGCUUCGGCCGAACUUCGCUUCACACGCCAUUGCCCGUUAACUUGUAAUUAUUUCUAAUUGUGCUGUGUUGCGUUACCUACGACUACAUUACGUUCGUGUUGGACUUACUCGAGAAAGAGAGAGAAAGAGGGGGGAACCAGGAAGAAAAGGAAAUUCGAGUAGAGCACGAUAAGGCAGGAACUGCUCGUCGUUCUUCACGAAUAAUCGCGACCACGACGAUUCAUUCCCGAUUAAUUCUCGCUCACGGGAAAAGGCAACGGCGAAGUUCAAUCCACGAGGAGCCACGGAAGAGUCCUCUGCGGCCACUUAGAUUCGCUUUUAAUUAACCGGAAUCACGCUCGCGUAGUUCUCGGCAGGAUAGCGGCAUUUAAAAAUGAUGAGAGCGCCUAAGACGAUGUCGACGGGAAAGCCGGGAGGAUCACGGGGGAACUUCUCGCAUUCGUGAGAUCGCCUUCUUCCGCUUCGUUCAGCAAGGAAGAAGUCUCUAACAGGGUCUAGUGAAUCCUCUAUAAGAGUGUGUAGGAUCAUGUCUUCAGGAAAUUCGGCAAAAGCACGGAGGAGCCAGACGGAAGUUUUUCGUCCACCGUAGACAGUCGCGUCUCGCGCCAUUGCGCCAUCUCUUUUCCUUCGUUCAGCAAAAAUGAAGUUCAGCGAGGUUUCGAGCGAAGACGACUGACGGGAGUCCCGCGGUUCGAACACGAGAACCAUUUCAAGUUCAGCUCCUCAAGUAACAGGAAUCGGUGGGAAAAUUCGAUCAAAGGAUGUAGCCGUUCUCCUAAAUAGCUUACGGACGUGAUUAGGAGAAAUGUCGCAGGAGCAAGCCGGGAAAUUGCGGCAACUUUCAGCACGACCAGGUUCGCGAAGUAGAGCAGAGUCGGGUUGGUUUUCACGCAACCAGGUCAACGAAAUAGAAAAGGGACAGUUGAAUUUCGCGCACUGCUGAGUCAACGAGAUUGAGAAGGAGGGUCAGUUGGUUCCCACGCGUGCUCUCUCGUUCCGUCUUUGAGUACACUCAGCUGGUUUCCCCGUGACACACAUACACGCACAGAGAGAGAGCAAGAGAGAGAGAGAGAGAGAGAGAGAGGAGGGGCAGCGGAAUGACACGUCGUCGCGUUGCGAAAUAGGAUCCCCCGACGAUGAGCUCGCGAGAAAGUCGCCCGGGACGCCGAGGAGAGAGAAGAGGAGAGGAGAGGAAAGUCGGGAAGGCCGCGCCUUCCUCCCUCACGAGAAUCACCUCGCGUUCUCCCUCUUUUUCUCUCUCUUUCUCUCUCUUUCUGUCUCGGCGUUGCAUGUGGGAGACGAGCGGUGUUUACAUAAUCGCUCGCCACGGCCUGUAUUUUUAUCCGCGACGUUGCACCGCGAUGGCGAUGACGCUCUUCCCGCCCGGAGCGAGCGGACGACGGCGCGCUGCACCAAAUACGGGAAAAGGGGACAGCACAGCUUGACCUUGUCCGUCGACUGCUGCCAGCUCGAUGUGUAAUAGCUGGAUUACGCUUCUCGUGUCACCGCUGAGCGAGUCCUUGGCGAGCGAAAGCUCCUCGAUGUGGAUGCCGGCUGAUGCGCAGGGAUGAUUUCGAAUAACCGAAGUAGAUCCGGGCCGGGUGCGAAUUCAAUCUCGUCUCCUGGAGCCGAGCAAGUAUAGGGCUCAGGACGAAUUCUCCGAACAACCCGCACGGGAUGCUCGCUGAGCGAGGUUAGACAAAAAGCUUAGACCCAGAAGUACCACCGGCGUGCAGGCUGAUCGCGAUGUAGCAUUCGGAUGGGAAACAAGGUGGUGUCGCGCGCCGACAUUCCUACGGAUAUUCCCGAGGGAGGAGUAUACCUCUUGCGGGUGGCGAUGCCAAUGGCAAGGGUGCACGCGCGUUUCUUCGGAGGUCUCUGAAGCGCGACGACGCUGGAGGAAGUAAACAGUAAUAACGUACGGAGAGAAGAUGGCGGCGAUUUAAUUGCGACGAAGAUGCGGCUCGACUCUAUCAGGAUGAGAUCAUAAAGAUGGAGAAAAAGGAGAAAAAGAAAAAGGCCGGGGCGCUCAACGGGAAGGCCGGCGGCGCAAAGCGCAACCGCGGUAACGGUGCGCGCGGCCGAGCUGGCUUCCGAGGUAGAGGAAGCGCGAGAGUCAAGCGCAACGUCGGGACCACCGCGAAGAAGCAACAGACUUGGCUGCGCGGCGCGAGCAACAGUAACGUGCGCGGUGCUGGCGGCAGCUUCGCGAAGAACCGCUACAAGAAGAACCUCGUGAGAUCGCGGAGCAACCUGAGCUUGAAUCAGAAGACCACCAACACCAGAGGCGGCGGCGGCGGCGGCGGUGCUGCGUUCAAUGCGCGUCGCAGCAGAGGCGCCAACAGAUUCGGCCUGACACGCAGCAGGAGCCGCACGAACCUCACAUUCAACCAAGGCGGCUUCUUCACCAACAAUAAGAACAACAACCCGUUGCUGAAGAGAACCAGUAGCCUCCCGAAUCUGCGCGACCCGACCUGCGUGCACAAUCGGCUGGGCUACCAGAGUCCCGCUCAGAUAGCCUAUCGCAACCGUGUGAAACGGGCGAAGCAGCUGCUGUUGCAACGACAGAAUCAGAGACUGAGCUUGCAAAAUCAACUCAGAAUGGCACAGACCGGGAAAGCUUUACUCUCAAUGCAACCGAGGAUUCUGGAACGCAGGCAGCAAAUAUUAACGUCGCAACGUCGCUUUACCACCGGUGGACUGCGAUCCGAUCAAAUCGCACGUGCACAAAGACGCGCACAGUAUGAGCAAAAAAUACAGAGGAUGAAUUCCUUGCUGACUCCCAGUCCAAACGUCAACUUCAUGUGCACGCUAGGAAGUGAGUAUGCACCUACUGCGCGUCAACGGCCGCUCACUCUCGCACAGAAUCGGCACACCGCGACCAUCGGUAGUCCACGACAAAUACCUAGAGGACGAUCACCAUAUAGACAAACCACACAAGGAUUAAACAUGGUUGGCCGAUCACCAUUAUUUGGCCGGGCACGUUCGCGAUCUAGAUCGCGAUCUCGUUCGCGUACGCACAACACUGCUGCGUCGGAUUCCAGCGGAGAGGUCGACGAUCGCACCUUCAGCGAAGUCAUGUACAGCCUAUCGGGAAACUUGGGUAUUACCGGGCGAACCCUUAACGACCGGUUUAGCUUUUAAGGAAUGUUUAACACCGAGAAUUAAAUUUUAAAUUUAGAUUUACUGGAGAGAGAUAAGUGAGAGUAAUUAAUUUUUAUGCCUUAACAAACGUAGACGACGGAAGUGCUGUUCUUUUUCUUUUCUUCUGUUAAGAUAAUAAAAAUGUCAAAUUUAUGAAACGCAUAUUAGGAGGUAUUUUUUUCGUUUUGUUUCGUAAGAAACGUGCGUGAAUUUAUUUCAGAAAAUAUCGUAUAUAUUAGUAGUAUUGACAAGUGUGUAUAAAAUAUUUCUAGAGAAUAUAAGUACAGAUUAUUGUGUACAUUUAUUGGAAUUCACGAUACAUACUUUGUCGAAUACGCAUCGUAUGUGUGAAUAGUACGAUAUUUGUGCAAGCUUAAUUUACAGUUAAUAAGACCUCAUUUCAUCUUCUGUGUGCAAUAACAUUAUAAAAUCUUCAGUAUUUUUUAAUUACUGGUUAUUAUACGCUAUUACAUUUAUCUGCCUAUGAUUAUGAAACAUAGAAGACGAGAGCACGGGGAAGAGAUGUUAUUUACAUACAGCAAAUCUCAGAGGAUGAUUAAUGAAUUAUGAGGUUUAGUGUAAAGAGAAGCAUAUCUUAAGAAAAACGCAAGUAAUAUACAAAUAUGCAAAUGUGUGUAACGAACUCUAUGUAAAAUGAUAUACGUUGGACAGACUGCAUAUCUUUUAAAUCUACUUUCGUUUGUUUUAAGAAGUAUACAAACCUUAAUUAUCGGUUUUCUUAAUCCCUUUAUUAUUAAAAAUUAAAAAUGCACAUUGCAAGUUACAAUUAUAUUUUAGGUGCUAUUGAAAUAUAAAUGCUAGAUCAGUAUAUAUUUUCGCAUAACACAUAUAUUACAGCUAACAUCUGUUUUCUAUUAGUAUAAAUUACGAUUUUAAUUUAUAGACUAGAAGAUAUGAUACGAUACAACAAUACGGACUGUAAUUAAAUACAUUGAGUGAACUUCUAUUGUGAAUUUUGAUUCAAUUUUAUCAUUAAUAUUUCUGGCUACUCGCCUUAGGACUAUUUAAUGACUAUUAAUUAAUGACAGAAACGAGGAGAAACAUUCUCUCUCCGCAUUCCUGCGAAAUACGUAAGAAAUAAAAAUUUAUUCAUAAAAUGACAUUUACAAUAAAUCAAGAAACUGUGUAAGACAGUCCUAACAUUUUUUUAACAAUCAAUAAUCGGAAAAUUAAUGUGACAUGCAUCCUUUUUAACUUUUCUCAUAGUUCUGCCACGUUAAUUUCACGAUUAUUGAUUGUCCGAACUAAAGGAUUAUGUUCGAACUAUUUUACACAUCUGUUCGAUCGAUUGCAAGUAUCAUUUUGUGAACAUAUCUUUUUAUUCCUACGUAUUCCACAUGAAUUUUUAAUAACAAUUGUAUUUUCUCGCUUCUGACGUCAUAAAUCAAGUUCAUCACGGCGAGGACAUAAAGGUCCUACGAAUUAUCCGUAUUUUGUAGCAUCUAUAUUUAUUCGUGUCAAAGCAACGUCGUUACAUAACAUAUGAAUUGUAAUCUAAACUCGAAUUUGUAUUGUAUUACGGCACAAGAUGCAUAGCAUAUGUACCGUACUCCAUACACCUAAGAAAUAGAUAAGUAGAUUGCAAACUUCUUUCGCAAUAAACACAGUGAAAACACG